CGAUAAGGUGGUGCCGGGCCGCGCAAAACGGAAGGCUGGCUUCUUGAGCCCCCGCUCCCGUCCCCUAAAUCUUUAAUGGACAGAAGGCGCAGGGCAAUCCCGAUCUUGUUGUUGCGCCCUCCGAGCGAAGGCCGUCGCUGUUCGUCUUCGUCGUCGUCGUCGUCGUCGUGACAACCGCGACUGCAGCGACGACGGCAGGAGCGGCAGGAGGCGUGGAUUUCUGCCGAUAGAGCCUCGGGAGGGGUCGUCGUUGGAGUCGCCAGUGCAGGAAUCGAGCACGAGCUCGAGUGCGGAGCGAAAGUUUUCGGGCGGACGAUUAUGAGGGAGCGAGGGAGGGCGUGUUGGGAAUUUUCGCGAAGGCUGAGCGAGUGAUUUGAGUCGGAUUUGCAGUCGAUUGGGUCGGUGGGGAUCGAGGCGUUUGGUGCUGGAUGAGGAAUUGGAUCGUGGCAGGAAAAAGGAAUCGGAAUCUGGAGAGAGGGGAUGCGGCGGAGGAGUCGGUGAUGGGUCUGAUUGCCGGCAAUGGUGGGUGGUGAAUCUCGGUGGUCUGUCUGCAGCGGGCUGAAUUUCGUGCGGUGACGACGGGGAUGUAGACGGGGGAAGGGCGAGUCGAGGAAUUGGUUGCCCGCGGAGAGCAGAGCGAUGGCAACGGUGGAUUUGGCAUCCUCUGUAGCUUCGAGCAUUUUUCAUUGCAGCAAUGAGAAUUUCGGAGCUGCGAGCGGGAGGAGAUGCGAGGGCAGAGUGGCAAUCGGGAGUAGGAAGCUUCCUGCUGGGAUUGUCAGGGCUCUUUCGGGAGAUGGGAAGACUGUGGCCAGCACGAGUCGGUGGGUUUACAGGGGAAGGAGAUUGAUAUCGCAGACUGUGCUGCAGCCCUUGCCCGCUAGUUCGCCUGCGAAAGUGGAUGGACCCUGGAAGAGGGAUUUUCUCGACCUAAUUGCAGAUAUCGCAGCCGGGGGCAAUGUGGAAGCAAUUUUGCAACCUUGGAUCUCUGUUCUUAGCGUGGAAGAGUGGAACAAGAUUUUGUUGGAAGUCGGAAGUCGGGACUGGACUCUUGCCAUGGAUGUAUUCAAGGUGUUCAAAAGCCGAAGCCCUCUGUUACCCGAAAAUUGUACUGACUCAUCAGACCUGAGUGCAACUAGUUUUAGGGAGAAUUCGGUGAGUUCUGUCGGUACAGAGCGGGCCAAACCGAGUCCAUUGUUAAGGGCCUACACGACGGUUGUCGGAGUUCUGAGCAGAAAGGGACGACUGAGUGAGGUUGACACGCUUCUCCACGAGAUGAAGGACGAGAAUGUGGAGCCAGAUUUACGGUUUUACAACGUUGUGGCCGAAGCAUACUCGAAUUUUGGAUUGGUUUCGCACGUCUCUCAAGUAAUGGUUCAAAUGGAGAAGCAAGGAAUUCUCCCGGAUCGUGCUACUCUUGAACUGAUGAUUUCUGCGGCUUUGAAAGCAAAAUCCCCCCAGGUAGGAAAAGCGAUUCAAGUAUUUCGAAGUAUGUUGCAGAACAGUAUGGAAGUCGGUAUCAAGACGUAUUUGAAACUGAUUGAAGCGUGUGCCGAUGCUCGUGACAUCCUUGCCGCUGAUGAAGUUUUUUUGGCCAUGCGUGCCUCAGGUCAUACCAUAUACAGCAAGACCUGGGUGAAGAUGAUUCAGCUUCAUGCAAGUGCAGGAGGUUACAAGGAGGCUGAAGAGAUAUUUAGAGCGCUUAGAGCUGCAGGAAUACCCCCUAGCGCAAGUGUCUAUGAUGCCCUUCUGUUGGCGUACUGUCAAGCUGGCUGCUUGGAUCAAGCUUUCAGCGUUUUUCGGGAGUACAAACUGGCAACAAAACCGUCGCUGAUUGCCUACAAUUACCUUAUAGAAGCGAGUGGCAAGGGUGGGCGUUAUGAGGAAAGCUUAGCUCUGUAUUCUGAGCUGUGUAAUAAUGGGUUGCGCCCAAGUACCGUGACAUUUACCUCCCUGAUAUGUGCCAUGGUGCAAGCUGGCCAAUAUGAUAAAGCGGACAGGUUGUACAAGAAGAUGCUGCAGAAAAGAGUUGCUCCAAGUGCUUACACGUAUACAGCAAUGAUACGCGCUUAUACCGCUUGCUCUUGGACCAGACUUGGACAUGAGGUGUGCGUGAAAAUGAGGGAAGACGAUAUUCAAUUGGGCUCUCUUGUGUAUGGGGCCAUGCUGAACCUUUAUGUACAAGGAAGAUGGUACAAGGAGGCGGCAGGCAUCAUCCGAGAGAUGGAUCGUAAGGGUAUUGAGCCUGAUGUGGCAGGCUACGGGGUCUUGAUCGCUGCGUUGGGCGAAACAGGGGAGGAAAUGGUUCCACUGACGAGGGCCAUGCAAGCAAGUGACUGGGAACCAUGCUGGGUGGCUACUUUCCUCGUCAGUGCCCCUUCGUUCAAAGAUGGUUUGGAGUCGACUCCUGAAGCCGAUAUGGAUGAAGCUAUAGAGAAAAUAUGGUCUGUCUUCGAGGAGUGGGCAACGUUCAAGGAUAGGGAGGCCAAUCGCUCCUUUUAUAACGCAUUAAUGGAUGCACUUUGGAGACGAGGCUUGCGAAGAAGAGCGCGGUCCGUGAUGUUGAAAGCACGAGACCUUCUGCCUUGGUAUAAUCGACCCCGCAGGGGUUUAACAUCUGUCUUAGAUUUAAGGGGUUUGUCUGUAGGUGGUGCGCAAGUUGCUCUCUUAGAUUGGCUAGAGCACGUGGCUAAAUAUUCAGAAAAUAGCACUUCCAUGGUUAUACAUACGGGAAGCAAUGAGCCAGGGGUAGGUAGAUAUGUUGCCGCGAAGGGAAGAGGUGUGGGUGCCGUGAAGCAAGCAGUCACUGCCUAUUUAGAAGAGAUGUGCUCGCCAUUUCGGGAACUGGCAGAAUUAGGACCUGGUAAAUUACAAGCGAGAACGGAGCUUGUUGUAAACUGGCUAUCAAAACACGACAGUAAAGAUGCCCUGAGACUUCAUGAUUACGUUUGAUCCAUUUGGAAGGAAACGUGAUUUUGAUUGCCUGAAAACUCUUCAGCGAAAAAAGCCAUUUACUACCAGAAGCCAGUCGGGCCUUGUCUCAUGGUCUCACGACAUGAUUCGUGUCGUUCCAUCUGCUUUCGUCAAGGUUCUGUUAACAGAGUUGGACACAGUGUAAGGAUGAAAAGGCUCGGGUGGCUUCAAAUGACAGUUUGUCCUCUUCUUAUUCCCGCAGAUCUCACUAAUGAAAUCUUAUCCUCUGCAACUGUGCCGUCACUGUCACACCAAGAGAAUCCA